AAUCCUAAUUAAUGAUUUCCAUUGUAUUCUAGUUUUAGAUAAGGCUAAAACUAUUCACGGAUUGAGACAAGGGUUUGGAAAAUGUCUUUUAUAGAAGAAAUUUUAUGACCAAGUAAUUAUUGAAUUCAAAGUUUUCCAAUUUAGUGUGAUUAGCAUAAUGUAACUAAGAACGUUCUGAUGAGUGCACUUUGCAACAAAAUCAAUCCAACUAUGGAUUCCCCCAUCUUAUCAGAAAUAUCUUUAUGCACAGAACUUUUCACAAACUUGGAACUAUCUGUUUCCAAGCCAAUACCACAACACCGUUCCAGAGAGAGUAAAAUCCUUGUGAAAAAAAACGAUCGAAUGCCAUUGUCUCUAACAGGAACUACACCCGUCUUGUUUAGUGGAGCUUCAUAUGCGAGAAGGAAACCUGAAACAGUGGAUGGGAGUGCAAAUUUUUUAGACAAAGUCCUUACAAUAAGAGGGAAGAAGGAUACAUCGUCUACCUCAGUAAAUGCUGCAUUUCCACCACAUCAAAUAGAAUGUAGUACCACUGGAGAUGCAAAAGUACAUCAUCAGCCAAGCACAAGUGAUACAAAGCUGCUGCAGUAUGUUGCUGAACCUGUGAGAACCAGUUCAGAAGACAGCCUCACCAUUAAGAAGACAAUCACUCAGAAGUGUGAUUUGAAAGAUUUUGUCCAAAGUAUUGAAUCAUAUUGCUUAGAACAGGAUGAUAACCAAGCGAAGAUUGUUUCUAAUAAGAGAACUUUUUCAUCUGCAUCAAAGAAAAGAAAACAAGGAGAACUGUCAAUGGGCAACAAUGAUAUAUCCUCAUUUGAGAAAGAUGAGAACGAUUUAAUGUGGCAUGCCUGUAAAAAGUGCCAUUAUGAGUUUAGUACAGCAAAGGGCUUGGCCAAUCACAUGAAGACGCACCCAAAAGUAAUGAUUGAAAAGAAUUCAUGUGUUUAUUGUGGCAGAGGUGUUGAGGAUGCUGAAGCUUUAAGAGAUCACUUAUAUGCAGAACACAUUUUUGAAGUAACUAAUUACACAUGUGAAUCAUGUCAGGUAGAAUGCAUUAGUGCAGAUUUAUUUGACAAACACCAAUACUUUUGCCACAGGACUGUUUCUGCCUCUUGUUUGCUGUGUUCAAACUGUGAUAAAGUCUAUUACAACAGAGAUUUACAUGCGUACCACAAAGAACGAGAAAAGUACUGUAGCAUAUGUAGUAUUACAUUUUGCAUGUCAGCAGAACAGUACAAAAACCACAAGGAAAAGCACAUCCUAUACAAGUACAAGUGUUCAAAAUGUGAUGCAUCGUUCAUCACAAAAGCCUCACUAACAAAACACCUGGAGACCAAAAAUCAGUGUUGCCCUUCAGGAAAAGUAAUUAAAUACAGCUCCACAUCAGGAACAGAACACACCAGUGACAACAGAGACACUUUCGAGAGUGAUGAAUGCCUUGAUGACAUCAGGUCGGAAGACUCUGACACUGCAGAGGAGAAAGACACUAUGGCUCCCAAGAAUGAGAGAUCUCAUAGAUGCCCAGUCUGCAGUGCUGCAUUCGUCAGGCACAAGAACCUCUUGAGUCAUGUUGGAGUUGUCCAUCCACAGCACUUACAGGAUGCAAAUCUACAAAACCUGGUGAAGAAUUAUGAGUGCACAAAAUGUGAUAAGAAGUUCACCAAGAAAUCAAACCUUGUGGCUCACAUUGCAUCCCACAUAAGAAAUGCAAGCAGUAAUGAGACAGGGCAGCCAAAGUGUUCUGUCUGCCACAAAACUUUCCGUUUACAGCGAUACUUGGUUGACCACAUGAGAUUGCAUACUGGACGUGGUACUCACCAGUGUAAGCACUGUGACAAGAAAUUUUUACGACUCUCACACCUAAAGCUGCAUAUGGAGAUGCAUGACAACUCACACAAGUCUCAUUCAUGCAUACACUGCAACAAGAAGUAUAUGAGAAAGCAAGACUUAAUGCAGCACAUGCGAGUCAAGCACAGUAGUACCACGCCUAAGAAUGAUGACAAAGGAGGAGUUGUGGCGGAUAGAGGGUUCCAGUGCCCAAGUUGCGGUGUUCUUUUCCCUACAACUCUGAAACUUAGGAUGCACGAAGUCACCCACCAAGCUUCCAAGCCUCCAUAUAAAUGUCAGGAGUGUUCGCGUGAGUUCCCAAGCCUGAGUGUUCUCAAACGCCAUUAUCUGAUCCAUUGGAAUAUUCUGCCUUUUACUUGCACUGUAUGUAGCAGAAGCUUUAGGUACAGCCAGAGCUUGAAGAGACACAUGGUAACCCACACCGGUGAGCGAAACUAUACCUGCAUCCACUGUGGAAAGAGAUUUGGCCUGAAAGGAAACCUGAACACACACAUGCAGCAACACAGUACACAGAGGGUCUUCUCUUGUCCAAAGUGUGGAGACAGCUUCACAAGUAGACGGGAGCAGAAAACUCAUUUUUGCAGUCAGAUGGCUCAGGACGAAUCAUCAAACAUAAAUUGCACAGAGUACACUGUUCUCAAGAAAGCAAAUGACUACAUGGAGUACGAACCAGUCGAGAACUGUACAAAUGACUCUCAGGACCCAAAUGCUGCAGAGGCCCUCAGCAACUUUGUCCCCAACACUACUCUGAGUGACAUGGCUGAGGUCACUCACCUGAUAUCAGACAACAGCAUCAGUGAUAUAACUACUGUGGCUGGAUUGGUUCCCAACAAUGUGACAAGCACAUCAGUUGGCCAUUUAAUAGCACAGGUCUCAGGAAAUAUUGUGCCCAUCAACGAAGCAGUCCCAAGCACAAGCUUCAGAGAAGUGCAUCCGCAGGCUCACAAGACGUCACACCCAGUCAACGAAAUUCUCGAACAAUCAAAUUCACCGGACACCUACGAAAAUAGUACUAUCCUAGAAGGAGUCCCGUCCCUCUCAGGCAAGCAUGAGGCUGACGUUCUCUCACAAGCUUUUGCUGUGAUGGCUGAUGACAACAUCAUUAGAGAGUGUGUUAACCUGGACACUUGCUCAGAGUUGCCACAGGAUGCCCAGGACAGCUCAGGAAUGGACUCCACAAUAUAUACAUUGGUGACGGUGGAUGGGGACAACUCACAGCCAACUUUAAUCAAUAUUCCCUCUAUUAGUAAUGCUGGAGUAGAGGAAAAUGUGACACUGCAGAUCAAUUUCCCAGAAAAUGGGUCAGAGGUUUCCAUUAUUAUUGGAUGAAUUGUGACUACUACUUUGUAAACAUAUUUGUAUAUCCUUUUGUUGUUAAUAAACUGUUCUAAUAUGUAUAUAUGUGUUGUGGUUGUUAUAUGUAUAUAUCUUCUAAUUUUUAUAUUUAUGAUAUGUUAUUUUUUUUACAUUUUUAUUUUCUUUAGAGAAAAAAUGAAUAUAUAAAUUGACACAACAAUAAAGUCUUUUAUUCAGUCCAAACUUUUUUGAUAUAAAAAAAAAUUACACACAGAACCAAUACUCUUUCAUACUAUACCAAUAUAAUCUUCUAACAAGGCUCUUAUACUUGGUUCGAUCCUAGAAGCCAUUUAUAGCUAUGUAUCAAUCUGAA